GCGUCCCGAGACAUGGACUUGUAUGUUCAAAGAGAACGACACGAAAAGUUAUCUUGAACGAAUAAGAGUUUGAACCGGUCAUGAUAGUGCGGAGAUUCGAUUGAACGAUUACGAAAGAUUCGCACGGCGCACGGUCGCGAGUUUCCCGGCGCGGCCGUUCGCGCGAUAGAGGGCGGCAGUAUUCGUUUACCCGUCGGUCUGUGUGGUCGCCUUACGGCAUAGUCUGUGAUUUUUUUAGUGUAGCUCCUGUUAAUCCAAGUUAAUCGACUAUGGCGGAUCAACUAACAGAAGAACAAAUCGCUGAAUUCAAAGAAGCGUUCUCACUAUUUGACAAAGAUGGUGAUGGCACCAUCACCACAAAAGAAUUGGGCACUGUGAUGCGAUCACUAGGACAGAACCCCACAGAAGCAGAACUACAAGAUAUGAUAAAUGAAGUUGAUGCUGAUGGUAAUGGAACGAUAGACUUUCCCGAAUUCUUGACGAUGAUGGCGCGGAAGAUGAAGGACACGGACAGCGAGGAGGAGAUCCGCGAAGCGUUCCGCGUCUUCGACAAGGACGGCAACGGGUUCAUCUCGGCCGCCGAGCUGCGCCACGUCAUGACCAACCUCGGCGAGAAGCUCACCGACGAGGAGGUCGACGAGAUGAUCCGCGAGGCGGACAUCGACGGCGACGGACAGGUCAAUUACGAAGAAUUCGUCACCAUGAUGACGUCGAAGUGAGCCGGCGGCUAGUGUGUGUGUAAAAGAAUAAAAAUACACUUUUGUUUCAUGACACACAAUAUUAACAUCGUAUUGGACCUGCAUUUCUCUAGUGUUUGCGAUAAAUUAAAUAUUGUCAUCGUUUCAGUUCAAUGGUUUAAAUGGUUUAAAGGUAUAAUUGUAUAGCGGCGAGGACUAGACUUAAAGUAUUCCGUUAAUUUAACUAUGCUAAGGAGACUUUCGUGUGGGUGUGUGCGUGCCUCCGUGUUGCGUCGCGGCCUAUGCGCAGGCGGCGCCAGCGUCCGCACCUUUUAAUGUAUUUUUAGUAUGAGAUAUUAAGUCGGGCGUCGGCCGGUCCUCGCCGGCGGAUCCUUUGCCUUCACUCUUGCGUCUUGAGACUCGUUUUUGUAUUUAUUCAUAAAUUGUGUUGUAGUCCAAAUUAAUUAAUUAAUUAUGUAAGUCAUUAUGAUCGAUAGCGUUAAAAGAUGUAUUCUGCGUCGACUCGGCGGCGCUUCCCGCAUAAGUGUAAUUAAUAAUAAUUAUCUCGUAAUUGUAAAUUGACUAGUUUCACUAUUCAUCUCUCGCAUCUGUGUAAAGUCGUCGUAUUUACUGUAUUUAUAAAGAGGUCAAAGUUUACUCGAAGCUUAAUAAUCGUUAAUCUAAAAUAAAUAGUGGAACUAGAAGUCGUUUCGAUUCCUCCGCGUGAGCGGGGCGAAGGCCCGGCCGCCGCCCGGUCGCUUCGGAAGAUGUAAAUGUCUCGAUAAAUAUUAUAUUUCUAUUGUUGAACUAAAUAAUUGUAUCGGAAUUUGACGAGUCCACUCUGUUAUUGAAUUACAUUUGAUUCAUUCUGUUAUUCAAUUUUACAAAAGACAUACUGAAAUAAAUGUUUCUUCAUUUUUAGGUCAAUAAG